AUGUUUUGUCAGUAUUAAUCUACAAUGUAUAAAAUAAUUAAAGAAUAACCACUGAAUGAGAAGGUGUGUCCAAACUUUUGACUGGUAGUGUAUGUAGCAAAUGUUCGACCCAAACAGCUCCAACUUCUCAGCAGUAUCUUCAUCUAUAUUCACAGAACGACUGUUUUUGAUCAGGAUGAAGUAACAGAGUUGGAGCUGUCUUCUAUCUCACACCACUUCUCUGCACACAGUUGUAAUUGAAGGUCUGCACCAACAGAUGGAGCUGCAUGCUCGUGUUUUUUCACACAACUGUUCUACCAAAAAAUGCUCCUUUGCCAAAAGUAUCUACUUUAUAUAAAUGUACAACUGCCUUUAUUUGUAUCAAACAGUCGUGAAGAAAUCAUCUCCCUUGUCUGUAUUAUUUUACUUGCUCUACAUCAGAACUAAUCCAGCUCUGUUUGUAAGGUUAAAUAGCUUUAAAGGUAGUAUAUAGUUUUUAACUUGUCCAAAAGCGACUGAAGGCCCAUUGUCAAAUUACUUGACUUCAUUAAAUGAGGGUUAUGUUUUUAAAAUUAUAGACUUUUUACUGGUUAUAACUGACAACAUCACAUUGGCUCUAUCCUGGCUUCUUUACGCACUCCAUAUUAGAAUUGAGUAUAAGACUUUUUUCAUGACUCUGGUCCCCAAAGAUAUGUCAAAAAAACAAUGUCUCCAUGAGCCAGUUCGCAGCCUGAGAUCCUCAGGUGGGGCCCUUCAGAUUUGGAAUAACCUAUCUGGCAAGACAAGGCUUCAAAAUCUUCUUUUAAAUCACUUCUUAAAACCUAUUGUUGUAGACUUUAUUUUAUGUGAUGUCAUGUCUUUUACUCUAUUUUACUCUGUGCUAUUUGGGGGUGUUUCUGUUCCUUCAUUAUUUUUACUCAUAUCAGUUGGUGUUUUAUCUCUGACUUUAUUAACAUUCAAGUUUUGCAUUAUCUUUAACCAUGAUUAACUCCAUUUCUCCACUUACUGGCUUUCUGUUGUAAUAUAGUCUUCCUAUGGUUCCUUUUUUUUGGAUUGUCUGUCAAAGCUGUUUGUAAACUUUGUUUUUGAAAGAUGCAAUCCAAACAACAUUACUAUUGUUGUUAUUAUUAUAUGACAGUUGUAAAAUAUGUAAUUUCUUUAUUUCAUAUUAAAACCCCAUCUGUAAAUCAUGUCUGAAUAAAGAUAUUAGACAAACAUAUGUAGCCUGAACAUUAAAUAUGCUAUAUUACUACCUAUAAUCCUCCUAAAUGACAGUUUAGUUUUUAAAAAAGCUAAAAUAAAUAAAUGAUCAUAAUUAUUAAGUUAGAAAAAAAACUUAGUUUCACAGAUCCCCCCUUUAUUGUCACCUCAGAUAUUGACUUGUGUGUAUUUGCACGUUAGGACUGUUUAAUCCAAAUAAAAGAAACAUGAAGUUUGUUGCAACUUUUUGGCACAACGCCUGUCAGAGAACACCUGCGAAGUCACUUCUCAGGUGGUUUAAAAUGUUGAUUGACCAGGUAGGAAUAUGUGCACCUGAGCAUACACUGUGGUUUUGAUGUUGUCCAUGUGACAAGAUGAUCUAUAUGAGCUGAUACCGCUAUGUGGACAUUUAUUCUGCACCUACACUCCAUCUCCCACCUUUCUCUAAGUGCGAUGAUGAGUUUGUGUGUCCAAGAGGUGGUCUUCGCUUAACUCAGGUUAAGCCAAGAAGCGGGAGGGGGGACAGCAAGUGGAAUUUCACUCUAAGAGGAUUAUCACCGUCUCUACCUCGCCGCUUUGUCACCAGAUGCCUCGUUUGCCGGUUGGAAUAGAGCACAAGUGCGCACCGCAACAGCCUUCCAAAACCGGGAGACAAAAAGGGGGGUCACGCGUGAACUGUUGGCUUUGUAACGUUUUGUAGAUGUAGAACGUUGAUUGCAUCAAUCGUGACGUUCCAAGAUGAUCCAUGGUAGUUUUGACCUGUUGGAAGCGCACGGGAAUCCGUCACCGAGUGCGUCUGUGCCAGAAAGUGGUUUCCUGAGGGGUUUGUCGGCGGGCAGUUGUUCCUGACAUGAAGACGAGACCGGCGGGGAUCGGCAAUGUCAAUGCUGACUGGAUGGGUUUGCUUCCCUCCAAACUCAGUGCCAUGCCCCUCAAACAUCUCGCCGUGCCAGGGUCCCACGAUUCCUUCACCUACUGGGUGGAUGUGCAGGCUCCCGUGGGACCUGAUCAGAAGGUUUAUGUGAAGUACCUGGCCACCAUGUUCAGUGUCUUAGCCAAGAAGGUCAUGGUGAAGUGGUCCAUGACACAGAACUUGACUUUUAUGGAGCAGCUGGAUGCAGGAAUUCGUUACUUUGAUCUCAGGGUGUCCUCCAAACCAGGGGAGCCUGGAAAUGAGAUCUACUUUAUUCACGGCCUUUUUGGACACAAGGUGAGGGACGGCCUGUUAGAAAUCAGCUCUUUCCUAAGCAGACACAAGAAAGAGGUGGUGUUCCUGGACUUUAACCAUUACUAUGCAAUGGAGGCAGAGCACCACGUGUACCUCCUCGGUAUGCUCCAGGAAGUGUUCGGCAACAAGCUGUGCAACAAUUGUGCUGUGGAGAGCAUCACUCUGGACUACCUCUGGGAGAAGAAGUACCAGGUCAUUGUGUUCUACCAUCAUCCUUCAGGGCAGGGCAACCCCGUCAUGUGGCCUGGCAACAAGAUCCCCGCUCCCUGGGCGAACACCACCGAACCCAAUAAGCUCAUUCAGUUUCUGGAAACUACGCUGAAGGAAAGAGCCAAGCAGGGAUCCUUCCAUGUGUCCCAGGCCAUCCUCACACCCAGAGUCAACACUGUGGCCAAGGGCUUGGUCUGGGGGCUACGCAACUACCUAGUAGAGAGAAACCUGCCGACCAUCAUGUCCUGGGUUGCAGCUCAGAGACCAGGAGUGGACGGGGUCAACAUCAUCACCUCUGACUUUGUGGAGCUCACUGACUUUGCCAACAUUGUCAUCAAACUGAACAACCUGCUGCUGUCUGAUCAGGACCGCAAAGCAAGAUGACACAUGAUUUACCAACUGGACCAAGGUGUGCUGAACCACGAUGUUGUGAUGGUUGGAAGUCUAUAGAUUAUAUAUUCUACUCUAAUAAUGACUUGAAUUAUAUUUUUUUAGGGUUUCAGUGUCUUACUGAAGGACACUCAACAUUAAGCAUAGGCAGGGAUACCAUCAAUCCUCUGACAUGAAGUCUUUUAAAGUUUCAGGAAUUCAUCAGCUAGUUUCCAGAGUUUUGGUUGUAGUUGACUCUCUCAGGCCAGAUAAAAUAAACAAAGUCCAAAACAGGGA